UAUUUUUUUUUUCCAGAUUUAUUGCUAAACAUGGGUGCAUUUUUGGAUAAACCCAAAACUGAAAAACAUAAUGCUCAUGGUGCUGGGAAUGGUUUACGUUAUGGCCUGAGCAGCAUGCAAGGAUGGAGAGUAGAAAUGGAAGAUGCACACACAGCUGUUGUAGGUAUUCCUCACGGCUUGGAAGACUGGUCAUUUUUUGCAGUUUAUGAUGGUCAUGCUGGAUCCCGAGUGGCAAAUUACUGCUCAACACAUUUAUUAGAACACAUCACUACUAACGAAGACUUUAGGGCAGCUGGAAAAUCAGGAUCUGCUCUUGAGCUUUCAGUGGAAAAUGUUAAGAAUGGUAUCAGAACUGGAUUUUUGAAAAUUGAUGAAUACAUGCGUAACUUUUCAGACCUCAGAAAUGGGAUGGACAGGAGUGGUUCAACUGCAGUGGGAGUUAUGAUUUCACCUAAGCAUAUCUACUUUAUCAACUGUGGUGAUUCACGUGCUGUUCUGUAUAGGAAUGGACAAGUCUGCUUUUCUACCCAGGAUCACAAACCUUGCAAUCCAAGGGAAAAGGAGCGAAUCCAAAAUGCAGGAGGCAGCGUGAUGAUACAGCGUGUUAAUGGUUCAUUAGCAGUGUCUCGUGCUCUGGGGGACUAUGAUUACAAGUGUGUUGAUGGCAAGGGCCCGACAGAACAACUUGUUUCUCCAGAGCCUGAGGUUUAUGAAAUUUUAAGAGCAGAAGAGGAUGAAUUUAUCAUCUUGGCUUGUGAUGGGAUCUGGGAUGUUAUGAGUAAUGAGGAGCUCUGUGAAUUUGUUAAAUCUAGGCUUGAGGUAUCUGAUGACCUGGAAAAUGUGUGCAAUUGGGUAGUGGACACUUGUUUACAUAAGGGAAGUCGAGAUAACAUGAGUAUUGUACUAGUUUGCUUUUCAAAUGCUCCCAAGGUCUCAGAUGAAGCGGUGAAAAAAGAUUCAGAGUUGGAUAAGCACUUGGAAUCACGGGUUGAAGAGAUUAUGGAGAAGUCUGGCGAGGAAGGAAUGCCUGAUCUUGCCCAUGUCAUGCGCAUCUUGUCUGCAGAAAAUAUCCCAAAUUUGCCUCCUGGGGGAGGUCUUGCUGGCAAGCGCAAUGUAAUUGAAGCUGUUUAUAGUAGACUGAAUCCGCAUAGAGAAAGUGAUGGGGGUGCUGGAGAUCUAGAAGACCCAUGGUAGCCUUAAAAACCUUCUAAAAUGCUUUUGAUUCUGAAAAUUGGGGGAAAAAAACUUUUAAUCACAAUUUUCUUCAAUACAAGGGGAAAAUAUUCUUGCGGAUUCCCAACGUUUUGUGAUAUGAGCAGAAAAUCAUUAGCAUUUCCCAUCAUUUGUUCAUAUUUGUGUUUUCUGACAGUUGCCACUUGUAGCGUUGCCUGUACUACAGUAUUUUUUGCCAACCUCAGGCAUACUCAUUACAUCUGUAUUGAACUUUUGGCCCUAGAAACCAGUGGAGUUAUUUCACCACAAAUCAGCAAUGUGCCUGAGGUGCAUGGGAAAUAUAGUUAGCUAUACUCUGAAAAUACAUUAUGUUUUUUUCUUUAAACAAAACACACAACAUGUAAGCAUGUAAGAGUAAAGAAUUGUAUAUGUUCCUUUUUUCAGUUCACCAAGUUGGAAGCCUUUUGCAGCUCUGUGGCUUGGAAUUUCAUUUGAGCAAUUUCUAUAGGAUAUGUAUUUAUUAUUGAUUGUUAUUUAAUUUUUUUCCAAUUUUACCUGUAUUACCAAACUGGGUUCUCCAAUAAUGUCCAAAUUGUAAUGUUGCCUUGCUUCAAGAUAAAGUGUAUUUGGGAUUAAUAUUAUAAACCCUUACAAAUUUUAUGCAUGUAUCUACUGUAUCCUUCAACUCUCUCUAGAAAAUCUUUUGAAACCAAAUGGAUUAAUUUAUGGCUAUUUAUAAUUUGCUUUGACAUUUCACUGUUGGAAAUUUUUUAAAGAUGAGAUUUGUCUUUAUAAUGUAAAUUGUGAUUUUUGUUUUACAUGUGGGUUUCUAUAGUUUUAAUUUUUUCAGCUUUUAAGAUACAAGUUUUGUGUAAUUUGGUAUUUUUAAUCAUUUAUGUUAUUUUAAAAGCUCAGAAUAUCACAUUGAAAUUACUAUAAAUACAUUUAAAAUUAUCUAUUUUAGAUCUAAGGAAAUAUUACAGAGAUAUUUUCAUGGGUUCAGUAACCUUUCAUUUUAUAACAUUGGGCACGGUACAGUGUGGCUGUCACAUAAGGUACUUGAAGAUUUAUUAGUUUAAUUCUAUUUUUACAGUAACCUUGAAUUCUUCUGAGUUUUGCAUGUAUUAAAUUCAAUUAAUGCUGAACAUGAAGAGUAAAGUGUUUAUCUGAAAGAAGUUACUGGGUUAGGAGAAGUAAUGAAUGUAUCCAUUUGUACAUGGUUUACAUGUUGUGGAUGCUUUGUAAACAUUUUCCUAUAUGUUUAAAUUGUGUUUCAGCAGGAUGUAAUUGCCCUUGUGUAUAGUUAAAAUGAGUCAUCAUCUGGUCCUGUGUGAAAUGGAAUUCAUGGUAUUUUCUGUAACAUUUUCCUGAAGCUGUUUCUGGAGAGCCACACAUUUUAAACAGACAGCUUUCCUGAUCAUUUGAUUUAUUGUGCACCUGAUUUUUGGUUUAAAAGGAAUUAUUGCCACAAUAUAUUUUAUUUAUUCUUUAGAUUUUAGCCUUGUAAGUUAAAGUGCUUUACAUGAUGAUGUGAAAAGCUGUUUGUCCCUUUACUGGGUUUGGGGGGUUGUUAAAAGAUAGGGAAUGAAGAAUGCAAAAUGGUUUAUUGUUCAAACUGUCCACUCUGAUCCAACCCUGUACUGAUAGUACUUUCCAGUAUGAUAUUGUGAUGUUUCAUACAAUGCAGUGAACAUAACCAACUUGUUACCUAAAUAAAGAAUUGAUAAAAACAGUGUGACAUAUUA